AUGCUAGAAGCGUUAAAGUUGCUAAAUCAGAGGUUUCAGCAAAGUAAGGAAGAAGGAAUUUAUGGAGUAUUACCAUAUAUGGCACCAGAAGUUUUACGUGGACAUCAAUAUACAAAAGCAGCAGAUAUUUACUCAUUUGGAAUAAUAAUGAAUGAGUUGCUUUCUGAAGAAAUUCCUUAUGGUGAUAUUUCUCAUGAUGAAUUUUUAGCUGUUAAAAUUUGUAAAGGACAGAGACCAAAAAUUUUUGAAGAUGUACCAAAAUUACUUGCAGACUUGAUUAUAAGAUGUUGGGAUGCUGAAAUAGAAAAUAGACCAACUGCCAAAGAAUUGUAUCAGAUAUUAAAAAAAUGGAUGGAUGAAACUUGUGAUAGUGAUGAUAGUGAUGAUAGUGAUGAUGAUGGUGGUGAAGAUGGUGAAGAUAAUGAAAAUAAUGAAGACAGUAAAAGUGAUGAAAAUAGUCAAUAUAGUGAAAUUUGCUCUCAAAUAAAAGUAUGUAAUGAAAUUGGAAGAAAAAAAUUUAAAAGUAGAUCAAGCAAAGAUAAACCCAAAAAUAUUCAAACACAUUCACAAGCAAUUUAUACUAGUAGACUUUUAAAUUUUAAAAAUCUUCCAAAACCAGUAAAUUCUUCAGAUUUAUCAUCAUUUCAAUUUAAUUCAGAUGCUAAGUAUGCUAUUCAAUCAACAUUGGCGAAUCCAAUUUCAGAAUGUUUAGAUGUUCAAUUAAGCGAAUUAGAACUGAAUGAAAUUUGUCAAGAUGGUGAAAAUAAUAUUGAAAGUUGAAGCUUUUAUUUCUAUUUUUAUAUUUUAUACCCUGGUUUACUUU